AUGGCGGAGAGAUGGCUAUGGUUGCUAAUUCCAUGGAGGGGGGCCUGGACGCCACGCUCUAAAGCAAACGGACAAGAAGAGGAACGCCAUGUCAGAGCCAAUGACCGAGAGUACAACGAAAGGUUUCAGUAUGCUGAUAAUCGCAUCAAAACAUCAAAGUACAACUUUUUUACCUUCCUGCCCAUUAAUUUGUUUGAGCAGUUCCAGCGCGUUGCCAAUGCGUACUUUCUUGUCCUGCUGAUACUACAGUUAAUCCCACAGAUCUCCUCUCUGUCCUGGUUUACCACCAUUGUGCCUUUAGUGUUGGUGCUGGCAAUCACAGCUGUGAAGGAUGCCACAGAUGACUAUUUUCGCCAUAAAAGUGAUCAACAAGUCAACACACGACAGUCUCAGGUACUCAUCAAGGGAAAGUUGCAGAAUGAGAAAUGGAUGAAUGUGCGAGUCGGUGAUAUCAUCAAGCUUGAAAACAAUCAGUUUGUCGCCGCAGAUCUUCUCCUUCUCUCCAGUAGUGAGCCCUGUGGUUUGUGCUAUAUUGAGACUGCAGAGUUGGAUGGGGAGACCAAUCUGAAAGUUCGCCAAGCCUUGACUGUGACGUCAGAUCUUGGAACAGAUGUCAGCAGGCUUGCUGAGUUUAACGGAGAGGUCAUCUGCGAGCCCCCAAAUAACAAACUGGACAAGUUCAUGGGAACGCUCUACUGGAAGGAUAACAAGUUCCCUCUGGAUAAUGAGAAGAUGCUGUUGAGAGGAUGUGUCCUUAGAAAUACUGAGUGGUGUUUCGGCAUGGUCAUCUUCGCUGGACUCCAAACGAAACUAAUGCAGAACUGUGGGAGGACAAAAUUUAAAAGGACCAGCAUUGACAAGCUGAUGAACACUUUGGUGUUGUGGAUCUUUGGGUUUCUCAUUUGUAUGGGAAUCACUCUGGCCAUUGGGAAUACCAUUUGGGAAGAGAGAGUAGGCAGAAACUUCUGGUCUUAUCUACUUUGGGAUGAGCUCCUCAGCAGCCCCGUGUUCUCCGGGUUCUUGACCUUCUGGUCCUACAUCAUAAUCCUCAAUACCGUAGUGCCCAUCUCACUCUAUGUCAGUGUGGAAGUGCUUCGGCUAGGCCACAGUUAUUUCAUUAACUGGGACAGAAAGAUGUACUAUAGUAAGAGGGACACUCCAGCAGAGGCGCGAACCACAACUCUGAACGAGGAGCUUGGCCAAGUGGAGUUCAUUUUCUCAGACAAAACAGGAACUCUCACCCAGAACAUCAUGGUGUUCAAUAAAUGCUCCAUCAAUGGGAAGACCUAUGGUGACAUUUAUGAUGAGUUUGGUCAUAAGGUGGACAUUACAGAGAAAACACCAUGUGUAGAUUUCUCCUUCAACCCACUGAUGGACCGUAAGUUUCGUUUCCAUGACAGCAGUCUGGUGGAGGCCAUUAAGCUGGAGGAGCCUCUCGUGCAGGAGUUUUUCAGACUGUUAGCUCUGUGUCAUACAGUCAUGCCUGAGGAGAGGAGUGAAGGGGAGCUGGUGUACCAGGCUCAGUCUCCAGAUGAAGGGGCACUGGUCACUGCGGCACGAAACUUCGGCUUCGUCUUCAGGGCCAGAACACCGGAAACCAUCACACUCUACGAGAUGGGCCAACCAGUCACUUACCAGCUGCUGGCCAUACUGGACUUCAACAACGUCCGCAAGAGGAUGAGCGUGAUAGUGAAAAACCCGAAAGGACAGAUAAAGCUGUACUCCAAAGGAGCAGAUACAAUUCUCUUCGACAGGCUGGACCCCUGUAAUGAGGAGCUGAUGUACACUACCUCAGAGCACCUUAAUGAGUUUGCAGGAGAAGGUCUAAGGACAUUAGCACUAGCCUACAAAGAUUUGGAUGAGGAUGUGUUUGAUGAAUGGAUGAAGAAGCUUCUUUUUGUCAGCACCUCGCUGGAGAACAGAGAAGAGCGUCUGGGUGCCCUGUAUGAAGAGAUAGAACAGGGUCUUAUGCUGCUGGGUGCCACAGCGAUAGAGGAUAAACUACAGGAGGGUGUUCCAGAGACCAUCGCCUGUCUGACCCUGGCCAACAUAAAGAUCUGGGUCCUCACUGGAGACAAACUAGAGACGGCGAUGAACAUUGGCUAUUCCUGUAACAUGCUGAGAGAUGACAUGAAUGAGGUGUUCAUUAUCUCAGGACACACAUCGCUAGAGGUUCAACAAGAGCUCAGGAGUGCCAAAGAACGCAUAAUGGGCCCCAGCAGGGAAAAAUUGGGCAGUGGUCUUGAUGAGGAUAAAACAGAUAUGUAUGGAAGUGACUCUGUGUUUGAGGAAACUAUCAUUGCAGAGUAUGCUCUAAUCAUUAAUGGACACAGCUUGGCCCACGCCUUGGAAGCAGACCUAGAGCAGAUGCUUCUGGACACAGCGUGUCUGUGUAAGACAGUCAUCUGUUGCCGAGUGACUCCACUGCAGAAAGCCCAGGUGGUGGAACUAGUCAAGAGGCACAAGAGGGCCGUCACCCUGGCCAUUGGGGAUGGGGCCAACGAUGUCAGCAUGAUCAAGACGGCACACAUCGGCGUGGGCAUCAGCGGACAGGAAGGCAUGCAGGCCGUGCUGGCUUCAGAUUAUUCCUUCGCCCAGUUCCGCUACCUACAGCGUCUCCUACUGGUGCACGGCCGCUGGUCCUACCACCGCAUGUGCACUUUCCUCUGCUACUUCUUCUAUAAGAACUUUGCCUUCACGCUUGUACACUUCUGGUUUGGAUUCCUCUGUGGCUUCUCUGCGCAGACUGUGUAUGACCAAUGGUUCAUCACGCUGUUUAACAUUGUGUACACUUCUCUGCCUGUCCUUGCCAUGGGCCUGUUUGACCAGGAUGUGAACGAGCACCACAGUCUGCGUUACCCAAGCCUUUACAGGCCAGGGCAACUCAAUCUAAUGUUCAACAAACGCAAGUUCUUCACCUGCACGCUGCAGGGCAUCUGCACCUCUUUUGUUCUCUUCUUCAUACCGUACGGAGCUUUCUUCUGCGCCGUGCGGGACGACGGCUCCCACAUCUCCGACCAACAGGCAUUUGCUGUUACCAUAGCAACCUCUCUCGUCAUUGUGGUCAGUGUUCAGAUUGGACUUGACACCAACUAUUGGACUGCAGUGAAUCAUUUCUUUAUCUGGGGAAGUCUGGCUGUCUACUUUGCCAUACUAUUUGCAAUGCACAGUGACGGUAUCUUCAGCAUUUUUCCAAGCCAGUUUCCUUUCAUUGGUACAGCCCGUAACUCUCUAAUGCAGAAGAGCGUGUGGUUGGUGAUCCUCCUGACCACUGUGGUGUGUAUAAUGCCGAUGCUGGCCAUCCGCUUUCUCAGGGCGGUUCUUUACCCGUCACUGACUGACAAGGUGCGCUUGCUACAACAAGCCACUAGGAGGCAAGGACCUCAAGAACAGAACCUAAGGCGUGUACGGAGGACGAGCUCCCGGCGUUCGGCCUAUGCCUUUGCCCACCAGCAGGGCUACGGCGAGCUCAUUACCUCUGGCAAGAAUAUGAGGGCUCCAACAUCGUCCAACUUUGUUUUUCCUGUUUCGCCCCCUGGGAGGGUAAACGUUGCCACCAGCUGGAUAGACAGUAUGCUGAAAAAGAAAGGUGACACCAGCAACGCCGUGGCAAUGGAGAAGACCACAGGAGUGGCCUCUGGCACUGAGAUGAGUGAUAGGACUGAACCACAGGGACAAUACACACAGACCGAAGAGGUUUAG